CAACGCUCUCGUUAUCUACGAUUCCGUUAAUCGAUUCUCUUUCGACUCGCUAACGCGGGGGGGAGUGGGGCGGGGCCGUGUGGCGCGAUAUCGAUUCUCGCGGAAUCGAUUCCCGGUAAUCGAUUCCUCGCCGAUGCGUCCUGCGGUGGUGAUGAUGACGGCGCGGGCCGCGGCGGCGGCGGCGAGUCGGAGCGCUCCCCUUGGCGCCCUCUCCUCCUCCUCCACCUCCUCCUCCACCUCCUCCACCUCCUCGUCGUCUACCUCCUCCGUCUCCCCUUCGCGUCGGCAGGGGGAGACCCAGGCGCCUCCGUUCGCGCGCCACGCCCGCCGGAGCGCGGCCCUCUCUGCUGCGACGGCGGCGGCGGCUUCCGAGCUGGGGAGUCGCGUGGUGUGGGUGGACCUCGAGAUGACAGGGCUGGACAUAGACAAGGAUCAGAUUAUUGAGAUCGCUUGUGUCAUCACCGACUCCAAUCUCAACAUCAUUGCGCAAGGGCCCAGCCUGAUCAUCCACCAGCCGGAUGAGCUGCUCGACGGCAUGUCCACCUGGUGCAAGGAGCACCACGGCAAGUCUGGACUGACCAAGGCGGUCCGUGAGAGCCAGGUCUCGCUCCAGAUGGCCGAGUACGAGGUGCUGUCGUUCGUUCGGCAGCACACGCCGCCCGGGGUGUGCCCUCUGGCAGGAAAUUCGGUGCAUGCAGACAAGAAGUUUCUGGACAAGUACAUGCCACAGUUUAUGAGGCAUCUCCACUACAGGAUCAUCGAUGUCAGCACGAUUAAGGAGCUAUGCAUGCGCUGGUAUCCUCACGAGUUUGAGAAGACGCCCAAGAAAAAGGCAACACACCGGGCCGUGGAGGACAUCAACGAGAGCAUCAAGGAGCUGCAGUUUUACCGAGGGAACGUCUUCAAGCCGAGCCCGGCGAGCGCGGCCACGCAAUCGCACGGCGCUGACGAGCCACACUCACCCUGAUGACCCCAGCGUGGCAGCCGACCGACCGACCCACCCACCCAAGUCGACGAUCCGCACGCUGCACAACGCAGCAGUGGCACCCGCAUGGAUUCGGACGUCCUCACCCAUGCCGUAGGCAGAACACCGCGCGUGCAUAUUGUCCGUUGCCAAUGCCCAUUUUUUCAGCUCUUACAACUGUGUAUCCUCAAGUAGGCAAUGCAGACGUUGGCGGCACGCGUCAUUCCUUUACACACAGGUCGUGAAAUGGUUUGUUUUACGUGUAUUUGUGUGUCCCGUUUGAUUUUGUAACGGAGUUUCAAAUAAAAUGUAGAACGCUGAAUUGGCAUUCGUGCAUAUAAAAGACAAACUGGAAACAUUGCGCUGGUGCCCACGGACAAAAGCACCUCACCGCCGCCGUCACCAUUAACACUGCCUCGCAAACAUAUAGAUGCUGUGUAUGAAUAUUGUCAGGGAGUGUGCGAGAGAUCCUUUAGAGCGAGCAGAAGGAAAAGGUCCUUACUAUAACAAUGCUGGUGUAUGCUAUAUUUCUCGAUAAAAGGCCCUGGUAAUGACUGGAGUGGAGAGGCAUAAUCAGCGUAACCUGUGCCAGACACAGGGCAACUUUUGUUAUUUGGAUUCAUAAAAUUGUGGGAGAAAUACAUUUCGGCGUCGCCUGUUGCAUGCAAGAGCUCGAUGUUUGACGUAGGCGCUGGAGUGGUUGCCGCGGCUUUUGUUGGCGUCGUUGGGUUUUGCAAAGGACGAUGCGGUGCGUACUUGUCCACAGGUCGAGCUCGACCUGUGGACGAGCUGCAAUGGAAAGGCACCGGCCCGCAAGUGCCCCUCGUGCCUCGGCCGAACCAUACACACGCGGCUCCUGAUUGACGUUCCCCAGGCAGUGCCUUCGUUAUCACGUUUGUGCCUAGGCCUAAUGACUUGGAGGUGUCGCUUCAGGUAAGGGGAGUGCAGAAACUGCGGAAGCUUCGUCAGCCGCAAAAGCUGCCGGCACGUAGAGCGAAAUAUCGGACAUCGUGCCACACGACACGGCGGUACAACCCCGGCAACACAUUGGGAGGAGAGCUGUGUGGCCCAGCCAUGAUAAAAAGCUAUGCAGUAGCAACUUACAUUUCUCGAGCAAAAUUUUGAGCGGUAUUUUUUUUUAUGUAAAGCUCUGCCGCGAUGGGCGCUCCUGUGCGCUGCGCGGUGAGGGUACUCGAACUGAAGUCAACGGCAUCGGAGCAUUGCCGAAGUACGCAUGCGAUGCACAAGCGGGACGCGUGGCAAUGGGCGCUCGUGCUGUUGCAAUUGUAUUGACCCUGUGUGAUGAUCGGAGAGUGCAGGUGUGCCAGCAAUUGAACGACUUUACACUCCCAGGGGCCCCUCGGCAGGAAAGAACGUUCCACCAGUCGGGGACAUCAUCAGGCUUUGUAUUGCUACUUACUGCAUGGCCUUGUAUGAAUCUUCCUUAAAUACUUUUCCUUGUGCAGUUGUAGAUUUAUGGCCAAAUGUAUUGAGACAGUACGAGUAAAAGUGACUGUUACCUAGACCUUUCAGUGCAGUAGACGGUAGCCCUCGGCGAUUAGCUGAUCGGGCACUUGGGUAUACCGUGACUCGGAUUUGCCUCGCGCCCUGCUCCACGUGGCCAGCCUGUUUAUAUGCAGGUCUACGUGCCUACAGCCGCGUUCCUGCCGCAUGGCAUUGAAACGUACGCUUGAGUCAAAUGUAGCCCAAUGCUGAUGUCUUCAAGCACCACCUAUCAAUACCAUUGUUUGAUCUGUAUUUGCAGCAAUACAGUCACAUUGGCUUUCCGCGACUUGUGGGGUCAGUUUUACGAGUGCACUCGGUGCUGCGUUACUUCGUCUAGGUCAAAGCCGCCAAGCUUGCUUCACAAUCGUAGGCAUGACGGAGAGGUGGAGACGUUCGCAUUGGAGCAUGCUUACAAUUCGUGAUGGGCUGGACUAAAUGCAUAGUAGCCCUGCAUCGUGAUAUAUGUGAACUUAAGAGCUUUUUGAGAGGGUGAUUUGAUUUGUUAACAUCUUAGCCACGUAAGGGGAAAUGUUUUGAUACCCAGGGCAAAAUGGCAAAUAUAUAUUUUUAAUGUUCCACAUGUAUAGAUACAUUCUGCACUUCUUUGUUGUGUAUUGUUUGUGUAUCCAUGCAGCAUUCCGUGCAAUGUAUUUGGUAUGUAAAGUAACAUACGGAGCUGGGAUCGAUUAUAAUUAUAAACGGCAGCAUUGAUGAAAAAUAAUAGAUUUUACCCUUUCUGGCAAUGCAACAGGUGUUAAGAUGUUCAAAGACCAAAUAGAUUUUACAAGGCAUCAAGGACAAUGCAUAUAUUAUCAGAGCAUGUUUUGUCACAAGCACGUGUGGUUAGUGCAGUUUUGAUGCCUUGCAAAAGGUUUCUAUUUGGUGUUUGAGCAUCUUAACCCCUCCUGUUUCAUCGCCAGAAAGGGUAAAACCUCUUGUUUUUCAUAAUUUUUUGAUACGGGCAAAAAGGUCCCAUAGAUACAGCAGCAUUGUUAGCUGACAGUUACAUUAUGGUUGCAAGUCAUUACGAAUGAUCCGAUUGCACGUGUCAGUCCCCAAAUCUACAACAGACAUCUCACUUUCAUUCGAGGGCCCCCAUGCCUCCUUGCAGCUUGCAACAUGCAUUCCACUACAGCCCAUUGCUGUGAAAUCUAAACGAGUAGCCCAAACCGCAUUUGUGGGAUGACUUCAGAUGUGAUGUUUGUAUAAGACGAAACGCUUUUUGGAAUCGUUACUGUAUUUUGUUUUACAUAAUCAGUAUUGAAAAAAUAUAACAAAUUGGAAUGGUUCAUUGCAAUAAACUAUGUAGGUAAGCUGAAUAAUAAUUACCAGCCAUGUGCAUUUGUAGUCAUCUUUUGAACGGCCUUAUGUCUAGUAUGUAGGCGUACAUCGUUUUAUAACAGGAUUCAGAUUAAAAAUUGAUAAAUAUUUUACUGUUAUAUGUGCAGGUGUAAAUUUAAUACAAAAAUGGGUUUACAUCUGUUCCUCUAAUUUUAAAUUGCCUACUUUGAAUCAAUUUGGAAACGAUGUCAACAGGGACAAUCGCUUGUUAAUGAUAUAUCUGAGUUUUGGACUUGUAAAAGUGUACCCUUGAAUAAACUUGUCUUGGGUAAGAGGA